AUGGCUGACGCCGACUACAACGCUGAAGAGGCCGCCGAGCUCAAGAAGAAGAGAACCUUCCGCAAAUUCUCCUACAGAGGCGUUGAUCUCGAUCGACUACUCGACAUCCCCUCCAACGAAUUGCUCAACAUCCUCCACGCGCGCGCCCGCCGUCGAUUCAACCGCGGCCUCAAGCGCCGUCCGAUGGGCUUGAUCAAGAAACUGCGCAAGGCGAAGCAGAAUGCCAAGCCGAAUGAGAAGCCCGAUCUCGUCAAGACGCACCUGCGAGACAUGAUCAUCGUGCCCGAGAUGAUUGGGAGCGUGAUUGGCAUCUACUCGGGCAAGGAGUUCAACCAGGUGGAAAUCAAGCCCGAGAUGGUGGGUCACUAUUUGGGCGAGUUCUCCAUCUCGUACAAGCCUGUCAAGCACGGUCGGCCGGGUAUUGGUGCUACGCACUCGUCGAGAUUUAUCCCGCUGAAGUAA